AUGGCAGUGAGGAUACUGGUGGCCUUGGCAUGUAUUGUGGUGAUGCUACGGCUGAGUAAAGCAGCGGUGUACAAAGUUGGCGACUCAGCAGGCUGGACAACCAUAGCCAACGUAGACUAUAAGCUAUGGGCUUCUACCAAAACUUUCCACAUUGGUGAUACUGUAUUGUUUCAAUACAACCCACAGUUCCACAACGUGAUGAGAGUGACGCACGCAAUGUAUAGAAGCUGCAACAACUCAAACCCGAUCUCCACCUUCACCACCGGAAAUGACUCAGUCACACUCACCAACCACGGCCACCAUUUCUUCUUAUGCGGCGUUCCCGGUCAUUGUGUGGCCGGUCAGAAGCUUGAACUCAAUGUCACUCACCCCGUCUCCUUCACGCCACUCUCUGAUCCACCGAUUUCCUCCUCCUUGUCUCCUCCGUCGACUACUACCAUUCCUGCAGCCGGAGUCCCCGGUCCAUCUCCUAACCAUGCGGCUUCUCUCCCGAGUGCAGCGGCAGCUGUGGUGUAUCUCCUUGUCUUUUUGGUUUUUGCAAAUUUUAUUUCUUAA